AUGUCAAAAUCGAGGAAACGCAAACGUCAGAAUCUGUACAAGGAACUGGAUGAUGAGAAGAAUGAAAUUUUGAGGAAGUUGAAUGGAAAAUAUGGGAGAAAAGUGAGAUUAUACGUUUAUUUGUUGAUUUUUAGGUGUGGAACUGUAAAAUUUCGCUAGUACUGUCGCUGCGUAGAAUUGUUACAUCAGUUGUAUUGGUUAUCAUAACAUCCAAGUAUAGCUCAGGGGUAAUUUUUUCUUUUUCAGAAGGAUGAAUCGCAAGCCGUCGCUGUUCUAAUGCGAUCAACUGGGAAGUUCAACAAUCCAAGCCAUUUGGUUUUUCAGAAAUACGUCGAGACUCACAUGAACAGGCUGAAUGUGGUGAGUAGUUUUUGUUUUUGUAUUUCUGGUUUUAGUUAAUCUUCCUACGCCUGGACAAUCGGAUUUUUACUCAUGCUUGUCUUGUCUAAUAUAAUUUAUGGCUAAUUUUAGCAAAACCAGGGAAAUUGCGAUGUUUAUUUGCUCUCCGAGGUUGCAAUGGUGUAUUUCAUCUAUUUUCAGGCAGAAGAACCGGAGUACUUCCAGCACGCUAAAUGGUUAUGUUGUUUUUGCGGCGAGCAGAGUUGUUCAUCAGAGCUCGGCGAUCUCUUCGGUCCGUAUUAUGUAAACGGCAUCAAGUUGCCUCCCUUUCUUCAUAAACCAGAUCGUAAGCCGAAGGAUGAGUUUGAUUAUCUUCCGGUUGGCGAGUCUUGGAAUUAUGACAUCUGGAUGCAUGCAGAUUGUGCGGUUUGGGCCGACGGUCUAAUAUACUUUGGUGGGAAAUUGUUGAAUUUAGAGAACAGGCUGGCCAAGUUUUGGAAGGAGGUGAGCGGGCGAUUGCCUGGUUUUAACUUAAAAAUUGGCUUUUAUAAAAAUUUUUGCCUAGUAUAAUAUAAAAAAUUGUUGAUAUCUUUAAAACCAGUUUAAUCUUUGACUAAUGACUUUCCGCUUUUAGAAAUGCAAGGUAUGCGGGAAGAUUGGAGCGUCGGUAACAGUCGGGAACACCAAAACUUAUGUACAUUAUCCAUGCGCUGUGAAGUCAAGUAAGUUCCUUUUGUAAAUUGAUGGUUUCGAUGUUUAGAUUACGAAUUCAACCGGCUAAUGCUGCAAUGUGAGGCGUCAUCGGUGCCAGAACCUUCAAAUUCUAAGAAGAAACGAAAACUGAAGAGAUCUCAAUAA